CCACAGCCCGCUCCCUUCCUCCUCCUUUCGCUCUCUCGCUGUCUAAGCAGAUGCUUCGUUCCUUUUUUUUCCUUUUGCAUCGCUGCUUGCUUUAUUUCGUUCCGUUGGCUCUGGCUGACAGGCUGGCUGAGAUGGAGCUCGGGUUCAAGGGCUUGACAUUGCUGCUCAUGCACACUAUUCUAGGCUGGGCUGCCGGCGCUGGAGGGUCGCGCUGUAAGGACAUCUAUCGAGGAUUUUCCGAAUGCCUGCUACGCCUGGGAGACAACAUGAGUCAGUAUGUGGAGCAGGAGCUGGUGGACUCGCAUGAGAUCGACAACGUGUGCGCACACUGGGACGAAUUUCAUGCGUGUGGCAUGGCUGCCAUCUCAGACUGCCAGCUGGAGGUGCAGGGCAUUUGGGAUUCCUUGCGGCAAGAAUCAGAAAAGCUCAACUUCCAGGGCAACCUUUAUGACCUGUGCAGAAAACGAAAGCAGGCCAACCAGGACAAGCUGAUGGGCGGCGCGCACAGGACGGGGGUCCCGGUCAGCCUCCUGCUCGGCCUCAUCGUGACCCUGAACGCCCUGCUUUACUGACUCCUGAUCACUUGAGCAGCAUGUUUUCUCGUAUUUUGUUUUUCAGUCUUCUUGUGAUGGUGUAACACUUUUUCUGUCUCUUUGAGGUAUCUCCUUCACCACAAACGCACUGCCUGUGUGUUAUUUACUGUUAUUGGUAGUCAAUCAUCCACCCACGAGAUGACCACCUUCUCACAUCCAUUCACCAGCCCCUUAUGAGUGGCACUCGGCCCAUCUGUCACACUGUAUGCUGAACAGUAUCAGUCUGCUUGUCCUCUUGACUUUAACUCAAUAAUCACAAUACUUUAAUUACACCGUUACCACUCUAAAUCAAUAAUACCAGCCUGUAUAGUGAAUAUAAAUGUUAAUUCCUAUCUGACCCUCACUGACCACCUGAAAUUCAUCUAUGGACCCCCUAGGGGUCCACGGACCUCAGGUUAAGAACCCCUGAUCUAUAAAGUAACAAUUAAAAUAUUUUUACCUGUAACUUUACAAAUCUAAUUUCUUUGUUUGAAGUAGAGGCGCCUUUUUGGACCCUGAUACUUCUCUACUUCUAUGAAGAUUUUUCUAUGUGAACAGCAGACAGGAGUUACCUAACUGUUGUUAAAUUUAAAUAUUAAACACAACGUCUGUCUGUCUGUCUGUCGGUCUCCUAUACAGUCCUGUACCCUUUGGCUGCUCUCGAGGACAAUGCGGUCAGCCUUAACUAUUUUUGAACCCACAUUUGAACCCUGGGGAUCCCAGAGGUUUGUUUUUAUUUUACUUGUGUGCUUCAGUUUGCCCACCACUGCCACCUGCUGGCGCAGAGCAAGUGAACCACCUGAGCAGACUGAAGGCCAACUGGCAGACCAAAGCUUAACAUGACUUAUCUGGGCAGCGCCACGUGCUGCUUCUGUCUACUGUAAUGUAAAAAGGAGCAUCUUGGGCUUUUGUAGAGGCUUCAUCGAGAAUGGAAGUGCAGCACAACCUGAAGGAGAACUAAAGGGUGGUUGCUUCAGUCCAUCUUUGUCGGCCCCUCUUCAGGUUUUAAGCACUAUGAACUGUCUAGUUUGAACUAAGACGAUAAGUCAGGCAUGACAGCAUUCAUGGUCACAACCCAGCAAGGAGUUCUUGCAAUUCUAGAAUUCCAUCCAUCCAACCCGCUGAAUCCGAACACAGGGGUCUGCUGGAGCCAAUCCCAGCCAACACAGGGC